AUGAAAAUAAUUACAUUGAAACUCUUAUCUUACAGGUCUUGGGAUAGAUUUAAAGUACUGGACAGGGAACAAAAACAGAAUGAUGUCCAUUCCCAUACGAGUUUUCGAAUUAUCAAAGUUCUUGUGUAUUUUUGUUUGUUCAUAAUUUUACUGUCUUCCAUGGUAAUUCAAAAAAUCAGUCUUGUAAUUGCUACUUCAAAACUGAGAAAUUACACAGAAAUUACCAACAAUUCUACUGGAACUGUGGAUGAAAUUUCAGAUUACGGUGUACACAGUCUUCUUUUAGUGUUUGCUAUAUGCACUCCAUAUAUUCUCAACUUCUUUGCAAGUUGUUGGAAAGUCUUUUUUGGAAAUAUGAAUCGACCAAGUUUUGCAAGUGUUCUAAUGUGUAUCAUAAUUGAAGCCUUUCAUUCCAUUGGACUAUGCAUACUGGUAUUUCAACUUAUGCCUGAUCUUGGAGCUGUUCAAAGAAUAUGCGUACUAAGUGCUAUUGCUAUUAUUCCCAGUGUCUUGAAACCAUUUACAUUUACAGAACAGAGACUGGUGGGAAAACAAAUGCAAAUAUGUAGAAAAGUAACAAUUAUUAUUUUUGAUGUGCUUUCAGUCAUCAUUCAGGCUUCUGUAAUUCCAAUUCUGGUGCUUCCAGAAACAAACUUUUUGCCUGAAAUAGCUGAAAUUAACAUAACUGAGAACAAGAGGGAUAUGCCGGGAAUAUUGAAAGGAAUUUCCUACAAUACUUUUAUGUAUAUCAAAGUUUUUGCAGUUUUCAUAUUCACUUCAUUAUCUUGGUGGGAAAAUUUUGCUCCCGACAAAGGAUACUUUUGUAAGAUUUUUCAGCCAGGCAUAAAAAAAGUAAAAUACGAGUUGCAAGAAAGCAGACCGUAUUUUGGUAUUAUUGUUUCAAUAACAAAGAUAGGAAUGACGGUUUUAUCCGCACGCCUUCUGGUUGGAGAGGGCUUGGGACUCCUCAGUUCUGAGUUUUGGUCAGCAGUUGCCAAAUAUAACAACAUAAACCUUUUUUCGGACAUAAUUGCUCUAACCAUAUCCAGUUUCGUCGGUUAUUACGUCGCAUAUACCGCCUGUAAACUACAAAUGCAAAUAUUUUCGUUUUCCAUUCCUUGUCUGAUUUCUACUCCGAUUUUCAUCACAAGUAUGCUUUAUUACUGUGAUGACAGUGACAGCUUUCUUUCUGUGAUAUCCUCGAGUAACUUAGAUAUUGCAUGUGACCAUAAUCAUGGGUUUGCGAAGAAUUGGUUUCAAAUUUCAGUUUUUGCUAUCUGACUUAUAUCUCUGUACUGGGUCGGACAGCACAUUUGGUUUCCCUCGCAAGAGCGACUUGCUAAGAUGAAACGCCUGUUUGUCAAUCCCCUAUAUUGUGGAAUUCUAAUGGAGCAACAUUUGGUAAUGAAUAGAAGGCGAAUAUUAAAAGACAUAUCAAAUACGGAAAAGACAAAACCAAAGAAGGAGAAAGACAAUAAUCCUCGUGUCUUUGCAUGUGCAACUUUAUGGCACGAAACUGUACACGAAAUGAAGCAGUUACUAAAAUCUUUGUAUAGAGUCGACAAGGAUCAGUCUGAGAGAAAUGAUAGAGACCAAGAUUUUUACGAAUUUGAAGCACAUAUUCUUUUUGACGACGCCUUCCAGAAAAAUAAUCUUAACGAUUUUGUACGAAAUUUUGCGUCUGUAAUGAAUGAAACUGCAAGUGCAGUCCACGCAAAGGCGACUAAACUGGAAAAGCCAUUGAUUAUUUGUACAGUUUAUGGAGCGCAAAUCGUUUAUAGAAUGCCUGGGAAAAACCUUAUGUUUAUUCAUCUGAAAGAUAAAACUAAGAUACGAAACAAGAAGAGAUGGUCACAGGUAAUGUACAUGUAUUAUUUGCUCGGUUAUCGCUUAACUAUCGAAGUGCAAUCCCUGAAAAGAAGAACAGAAACAUUUGACGAACUUCUAAAACCGAGGGCAAACAACACAUUUCUCCUUGCUUUGGAUGGAGAUGUAGAUUUUUCACCAGGGUCGCUGAGGAUUCUUGUUGACAGAAUGAGAAAGGACGAAAGAGUUGGAGCUACAUGUGGCCGUAUUCACCCAAUCGGAAGUGGUCCGAUUGUUUGGUAUCAAAAAUUCGAGUAUGCAGUUGCUCAUUGGCUUCAAAAGGCGACGGAACACGUAUUAGGAUGUGUACUGUGUUCUCCUGGAUGUUUCAGCCUGUUCAGAGGUUUCGCCUUAAUGGAUGAUAAUGUGAUGAAAAAAUAUACACAACUACCAACAGAAGCAUCACAUCAUCUCAUGUAUGAUCAGGGAGAGGACAGAUGGCUGUGUACUUUACUUUUACAACAAGGCUACAGAGUUGAUUAUGCAGCGGGAGCAGAUGCUUUUACAUACGCACCAGAGGGAUUUAAUGAAUAUUUCAAGCAAAGAAAAAGAUGGGGUCCUUCAACUCUUGCAAACAUUAUGUCUCUUCUGCAAGAUUGUAGAAAUACAGUUCAGGCUAAUGCAAAUAUAAGCUGGCUGUACAUUUUGUAUCAAGGGUCACUGAUGGUUGCAACUAUAAUAGGACCAGCCACAAUUUUGAUGAUGAUUGCUGGAGCUUUUGUAGCAGUAUUCAACGUUGAUCUGCUUACAUCAUACCUUGCAUCUCUUGCUCCUGUGAUCCUGUAUUUCAUAAUUUGCGUGACUUGUAACUCAAACAUCCAGCUUCUGGUAGCACAGAUUCUGAGUGGAAUAUACGUUAUAAUCAUGAUCGUUGUCCUUGUUGGUGUUAUCAUUACCGCUGUCACCGAAUCGCCAUUUCAUCCUAGUGUGGUAUUUCUUUGUGGAAUCAUAGCUAUUUUUGUGAUAGCUGCUUUAUUUCAUCCUAGAGAGUGGGACAAUCUUCUGUUUGGGUUACUAUAUUUCGUUUUGGUACCAUGCGGCUUUCUUGUUUUGAUAAUUUAUUCAUUAUGCAAUUUAAAUGAUGUUUCUUGGGGAACAAGAGAAAGUGGGAAAGCAAAUACCAAAGCAAAAGAAAAGAAAAAUAUAUUUUCUAUGAUACUCUCACCGUUUCGGAAGAUUACAGAUACUCCUUCAAAGCAAAUUAUGUCUGAGGAUGAUGUUAAAUUACUGGUUAGAGAAAUAAUGAAAGAAAAGAAUGAUACCUUAGACAAAGCAUCCGGAGGUGAGCUAAAAGAAGUUAUUGUUUGCACAGAAACAAAAAGGAAUACCCAAGAAACAAAACAAAAUAGUAUUGAACUAAAAAGAACUCCACAGAGUGAUAUUGUAUCAGAACCAGAAUGGAUUAGCACAGGUACAUUUAAAGGGAAACGUGUAGAGAUGACUGGAAAAGAAGAGGAAUUCUGGAAAAGAUUCAUUGACAAGUAUCUUAAACCCCCUCAAAGAGACGAAGCAAAAGAAAAAGAAGACAGAGAAAAGUUAAAGGAAUUAAGAAACAAUGUCUGCGCUGGGAUGGCUGUUCUGAAUUUAAUCUGGGUUUCCAUAAAUUUUAUGUUUCAAUUGAGGAGACCAACAAUUGUCACUUUAACAACGCUUGAAAAUGGAGACAAAAUAGACAUAGAUGUCCUGGGAUUGCUGUUUAUCAUUUUCUUUACUCUGAUUCUCGUCCUCCAGUUUUGUGGUAUGGUGAUGCAUAGAUGGGGAACAUUUCUUCAUUUAGUGGCAAUAACAGAGAUCCCUAACCCUUUUCUUAAAAAGGACGAGACUCCACUAAACAAAGAUCAGUCAAUUCCGGAAGAGGAAAUUGAGGAAAAUUUUGAGAAGCAAAUCGAAAAUCUAUCUCUCAUAGGGAGACGUCAAAAAGGAACAGAGGAAGAAUUUAUGGAUAGAAUGAGAGGUCGCUUUGGAAAAAUUAGACAAAGGAGGCUGACGCAACCCAUGUUGUCUUCCAAUUCAGACUGAGAUACAUAAUAGAAUGUAUAGAAUUAUGUAUAAAGCUAAUUAUAUAGUUUAAAACUGUGAUAUUCAAACUGAUUCAUAA